AUGUUUUGCUUUCCCCGAUCAAUUUCUUUUCUUUCUUUCCUUUUUUUAUUCUUUUUUCAAACAUUUCCCUUCUUUUUACUUUCUUUCUUUUCAUUGCUCUCAUUCUUUUUUCUUUUUCGAUUUAUUUUCCACUUGUAUUUCUUUUUCUUUUUGUUUAUUAUAAUUUAUACUUCUUUCUUUCACCCAUUUCUUUCUUUAUUUCUAUCUUUCUUCAUUUCUUUCUUUCUUUCUUUCUUAUUGAAUCUUUAUCUGGCACUACCUUACCCGUUUCUUCUUUCUUUCUUUCUUUCUUUCUUUCUUUCUUUCUAUUGUCUGCCUUCUUUCUUUCUGUAUUUAUUUAUUUUCCUUUCUUAUUUUAAAAAUUUUGGGCCCUACCUUUCACAUUUCUUUCUUUUUCUUUCUUUCUUUCUUUCUUUCUUUCUUUCUUUCUGUCUUAUUUUAAAUGUUUUUCUGGGACUACCUUUCACGUUACUUCUUUCUUUCUUUCUUUCUUAUUUUAAAUCUUAUUCUGACACUGCCUUCAACGUGUCCCCUCUUUCUUUCUUUCUUUCUUUCUUUCUUUCUUUCUUUCUUUCUUUCUUUUCCUUUCUUAUCUUAAACCUUUUUGGCCCUACCUUUCACAUUUCUAUCUUUCUUUCUUUCUUUCUUUCUUUCUUUCUUUCUUUCUUUAUUAUUUUUAAUCUUAUUCUGACUGCCUUCAACGUGUCCCUCUUCCUUGCUUUCUUCCUUGCUUGCUUUCUUGCUUGCUUGUUUUCUUAUUUUAAAUCUUAUUCUGACACUGCCUUCCACCUGUCCCCUCUUUCUUUCUUUCUUUCUUUCUUUCUUUCUUUCUUUCUUUCUUUUCAGUUCUAUUCGAUGAAUGCUGAAUGA